CAUUUUCACGUUUUCAAAAGAAACGAAAAAGUUUUUAAAUUUGUAACAAAGUCUAUUCACCCCCCCCUCUAGACUUUGUAUCUCACCACUUCGGGACCACCAAUUGGUAUCGGAGCUUGUUUCUCACUAUCUACUUUUAGAUUAACAAGAAGCGAUCAUAAUGGUGAACAAUAUGGAUCACGGUUUGCCCAAGUUUUCUCUUCUAGGUUAUGAUGAUUGGAAGAUCAUGAUGGAAGCACAUCUCUACGCUCUACAUGAUUGCAUGUGGAUGGUGCUUGAGGAUGGACCCUUGAAAAUCCAAAUGGAGAACCCUGAGAGGAAUCCAGCUGCUCCAGAUGUAGUCCAGUAUAUUCAAAAGCCCAAGGAAAAAUGGGAUGAUAGAGAUCGCAAAAAGCACAAUCUAGACAACGUCGCCAAAGCAGCCAUCUUCAAGACACUUGAUCCCAUCACCUUCUCCAAGAUUAAGCAUCCCAAGACUGCCAUGGAGAUUUGGCAAGAAAAGAAUGUAAGGUUGCUGAGAUCACUUCCAACUGAGUGGUACACCAAAGCCACAGCCAUGGAAGAAGGAAGAAACCUGGAGAACUACACUGUUCAAGGUCUCCUUGAUGAACGCAGAAUCUAUGAGCACGAGCUGAAGAAGAAGAAGGAAGAACAAGUCACUCCCUUCCCCACGGCAUUGAUGACAACUCCAAGAAUCCCAUCAAGUGAAGGGACAUGCACAAGAAACUGUGACACACCUUCCUCCAGCCAACCGACAAGCUCAAAAAUGGAGAACUACGAUGAGGAAUUUGCCAUGAUGGUCAAACAAUUCCGGAAGUUCAAGAAGUUCUUCAAGAAGGCUGAUUCAAUCAGAAGGCCAUCCAAGGGAAAGCCACAGUUCAAAAAGAUGAUGAAAGAUUUUGAGGAGAUAAAUCUCAAACACUCAUCCUUAACAGAAGAGAACAAACUAUUGAGUGAAGAGAAUCUCAAGUUGACUGAAAGUCAGAAAAGUCAACUGAAUGAGAUCACUCAACUCAAGACUGAAAAUGAAUCUCUCUCUGAAAAGAAGUUGGAAGCCAAGUGCUCCUCACCAACGUUCUAUCAAUCCUAUCUGGAGAUGAUUGCUGCUCAAGAGCUCUCCGAAUUCCUUCAUAUGGAGAUUCGAUUCAAGUAUGAGAAUGAAGUUCUUGAAUUCUACAAGAAUGGAAAGGUCAAGACUGUCAAAUCGAAGAAGGACCCACAAAGGACGAUUCAAGUCAUCAAUUCCACUGUUGGAGGGACAAAAGUGAAGCUUUCGCAGAAGAAAUUGGGAGAAAAGCUUCACCUUCCCAAUUCUGGAGUUGAAAUUGGGAGACUUCCAGCCAAGAAUCUGGAUUGGA